AUGUAUCAGCAACGCCCGCUGUCUUAUGCGCCUACGCCAUACAGUUACACUCCAAAUACGGCGUUGUCGGCAUCUAUUAAUCUGGAUGAGGAAGUCAAACUAUCCUCUACCUCCGCAGAGAGAGACCUCUACGAAUCUCUAGCAGAGAUCUACAGCAUCAUCCUGACGCUGGAUGGGCUGGAGAAGGCCUACAUUAAAGACGCAAUCACGGAGUCUGAAUAUACCGAGACGUGCGCGCGGCUGUUGAAACAGUACAAGUCCAGCUUGAGUGAUGAGACCGUUGCUAAGGAGUUUGUUGAUCUAGAUACCUUCAGGCAGACAUGGGGUCUGGAAUGCCCCAGGGCAACGGAGAGACUAAGAAUCGGAGUUCCUGUCACCGUUGAGCAGGCAUCGCACAGUGCCGCACCUGUACCCAGUGGCACCGGCACGAAUACAUCUGGCAGUCUGAUUCUAGCGGCAACAGAAAAUUUCAUCACGUUUCUAGAUGCUCUGAAACUGAACAUGGUGUCCAAAGAUGCUCUCCAUCCACUGCUUUCUGAGAUUAUACAAUCUGUGAAUAGAGUAACCGACCAGGAUUUCGAGAACAGAGGGAAGAUUAUACAGUGGCUCAUUGCGCUUAACCAAAUGAGAGCGACGGAAGAGCUGAGUGAAGAUCAGGCAAGAGAACUUGCUUUUGAAAUCGAACAGGCCUACCAGGGUUUUAAAGAUACACUGAGUUGA